GUAAGUUUAUUUGCUGUUAACAAUUGGUUUCUCAACUCCUGUGUAUCCGUGCUGCCUGGAUGACUGAUCUGCCACUUCUGGACAGCCUCUAGGCAACGGUUGCCGCCGCUACGUACUUCCUUUCACCCACAUCUCUCCUUGAUUCCUAAAUGGGUGAUGGUCAACUACUGGUCUGCCACAUCACAUACGCCGCCUCUAUCUACCCCGUUGCACAUCCCAACCCCUCUCUUCGUGAUGCUUACUUGAGUGAUGUGCCACUACCACUUUCCCUGCAUGUAACAUGUGCUGCCGCGUAUAUACUCCGUUGCACCCCUGAACCCCUGUCUAUCCGUGGUGCCUACUUCAGUGCUCAGCCAGUACUGGUCCGCCUCCACUUCACGUGUGCGACAGCAGAAAUACUUCCAGGCACGUCAGAACGGACGCAUAUUCCCUUCGUAUGCAUGACUACUCCGACAGUCUCGUCGCUUCCGUAGUAAUGCUGAACUCCAUGCGUAUGUUCAUCACUGCGUAUUUUACCCACGAGAUGUUUUCAUGUAAACUUUCUUUUUAUCAAUAGUACAUAUUUAUACUGUCU